AUGAGAUCGCUCUCUUCCAUCUCGGCGUUCACCCCGGCGACAAGCCCGCUCGCCCCGUCGUUGCGAAGAAUCAUCGAGUCCCCCUCCGUCAUCAAGGCCGGAUCCAGUGUCAUAGGGGAUUUCAGGAGGCUGCGGGAGUUCCUCGAGCUCAAGCCGCAAGGCGCCAUUGAGCUGAGCCAUCUGCACAACCUCGUUACGUAUGGUGGUGGCGACUCGGAGGAUCAAUGGCGGAAAUGUACUACCGGGUCUUGCGCCCUGGCUGAGCAAGUAAAGAUCCAUCUUGGACUGCCCCUGAAGAAGGCCCCUGUGGCGCGUAGCGACUGGAGCCGAAAGCGUCUGAUCAAGGAGCAAAGACUUUACGCUGCUUCUGAUGCGUACGCUGGCUUCAUGCUCUACCACCGUCUCGAGUCGAAAAGGGCCGCAAUGGACCCCAGACCAGGGCCCCUUCUGUUUGCUGAGCGCUAUACUUGGUUCAACGGUGUCCAGGGACUGGGCACCCAGCUCUUGCUAGUACGGCACAUGUCCACCGGGAGUGAUCGUGACACCAUUGAGUCGCUGGAAGUCGACGCCGAGGAGCAGGAAGCAUUGGUGGAGUGGAUCGCUCCAAGCAACACCGCUGCCGCCCGCGGUAACCCAUACCAAAGGGUAGCGAAAAGCUGGAAGCCAAAAACAACAGGCGCCCAGAGUUCUGGCAGAGCCACAAGCGCGAGGAACCCACUUCUCGAGGCCCUCAAAGCUCACAGGGAGAGGGUUGCCAGGCAGAAGAGCCUCGAGCUCUACGCCGUUGCGAGUAACGAGGCGCUGAAGGGUAUGGCGCGCGAUCGGCCGCGGAACACGAUGCAGGUCAAGGGCGUGGGCAAGAAGCUGUGUGAUAAAUGGGGUGAUGCGUGGUUAAAUAUGGUUGAGAAGCAGAUACAGGACAAGGAGGAUACGGAGAACGGUGCUGCAGAGCAGCAGGGGGCAUCACAGGCUUCAUCGCCACAAACGACUGCAUCAUCACAGCCGGAACCAGCACCAACAACACCUUCGCGCGCACCGCCACCCCUCAGGCUCACAGGCUUGUCCACGACGAUGGAGAGAACGAGACUCGGCGGCUACGGGAUCCAGUCUGAUCCGCUGGUGCUCGAUGACUCCAGCGACGAAGCACCGGAAGUCGAGAGAACAGAGUCGGCAGCAGCACCGGGACGCAGUGACCAGAGCACACCGUCAAGACCGCCGAAACGAAAAAGGACAGAGCAGCAGCCUGCAGGGCCUCGCCAUGGUCUGUAUAAGUUCUUCUCGGUUCAGAAGACUGGUAAUUCUACAGCUGGCCGUGGGAAGUCUUGA